GAAAGAAGAAGAAAGAGGAAAAAGAAGAAAAAGAAGACGAUGAUGAACGAUAAACACUUAUAUAUCGUAUCGUCCCAUUGUGCUACUGCACAUUUCAUUCCGCGAUAAGAAUCUAAUCGAAAAACACGGCGUUCGUCUCGACGAGCGAUAUAUAUACUGCUGUAUAUAUAAGGCCGUGAGUGAGAGGUUGGCGCGCACGAGCUUCUCGGAGCUGGUGUCAUUCAGCAUGGUUCGACAGACGCGGUUGCGAUCGGUGCUGCGGCGGCAACAGGUGCGUUGAUCGAUUCCCUCGGGAAAGGAAAACACGUUGCACGCGUGUGUGCGUUUUACGAGAGAAACGUGAAAAUAGGGAAGGAAAGGAGGAGGAAAUCUGCGGAUACGACAGAGGAGAAAGAAGAAGAAGAAGAAGAAGAAGAAGUAGAAGAGGAGCGACGGUGUAGAGGAGGAGAGACGCAAGUAGGAAGAGGGAGAAAAUCAGUGGCGAGGGAACGGGAACAGGAACGGGAGCGUUCUCGGUUCAAGUCAGUCCAGGCAAGUCCGUCGAAGGUGAAAAGUCUUUCCUUCUCGCUCCCUCUGGUCGGCCCGAGCCUCUCUUUGGCGAACGAACGAGAGAAAGACUCCCCACGAUCACCUUGCCCGUUACUUUUCACGCGUAAAUACUCGCGCGCGCGUGGUCGCGUGCUAGUGCAGAAAAAGACGGACAGACAGACAGACAGACAAACAGACAAACAGACAAACACACGUUACACGUAAGCCGAUCGGGAGAAGAGAGUACUCUCGGUCCCGUGUGCGUGUCGGUACCGUGCGUACGCGCGCGUGUGUGUGUGUGUGUGUGCGCGCGUGUUCUCCUCGCGGAUGUUUUUCUACCGUUCCGAUCGAGGAAGAGACAUACAUCAUCGAGGAACGUACUGCAUCGAAUUCGAAGCUAACCGAGAAAUCACGCGCUGAGGGGAGGCGAGAAGUUCGCCGACUGUUGAGGAUCUAACGCUCGAUUAGCCCGCGUCGCCAUCUUCUUCCAAACGAACGAUUGACAGCUCGAGAAGUGUCUCUCCAAGUAUACUAUAUCCGCGUUCGUUUCAACGUUUCCACGCUGCCGCGUAUCGGCGCGUAACAUAAGCGCGUAACAGAGGUCGUUGUUUCGUCGGUGAAUCUAAUGUGUCCUUGCCGUGCGAUCAUCGUGCCCUCGCCGUCGUUCGCCAACAGACGAUAGUCCAGGUCGAUUCAUCCUACCGAUUUUUCCAGCCUACUAUGUUGGAAUUCUCCGUGCAGCAUGCCGAAGUCGCUCUUUCCACGGCCACCGAGGAUGUGGGAGAUGGAAUUCAAGGGCACGAUAAUGACACCGAGUCCUUGCAAUUGUUGUCGCAUCUUGAUCCCCCUGUCGACAGCGUGUACAUGAUAAUUGGCGUAUUGAUCGCUUUGGUAUUAGUCGGGGUCAUCAUCGUUCUCCUUGCUGUGACGAUCAGCAAGCUGAGGAAACGAGAGGAUCACUCGAACGCGGUGCAUCCGGAAGCGGCCGUAGUUCAAACGGCAACGUCGCCGGUCUCGACGAUCGUCGCACCGUCUUAUCCUGGCGAAGGUUGUUGCACGCAGACGUCGGUCACCACCACAUCGACAGAUCUGGGAAGCAGCACAGCUGUUGAACAGGAUAACGUCUAUGCUACGGCCAAUCCGACAGAUCAAAUCGUCUGGCAGUUUCCGCCUCCUUAUCCACCGCCUCACACACCGGCGCAGUAUGCGUUGUACAACGACCAGGAUACUCUUGUACACGCACUGCCGUCGGAUAGGUCUGGAUUUGCAAAGGGCUUCCGCAAGAAUAUUGGGGGGCGCUGGCGUCGCUUGGUAAAAAGGAAGCCGGAGUCGGAGACUUGUGCCAUUCCUCCUGAGCUAAAGGAACAACUAAAAACAAUUUAUGUCUAUUGACGAUCAACGUUAACGCGCCGUUGUCUGUAUUUUUACAAACUUUCCUUAGUAAUCGAUGCUUUCCUCUAUGUAAGAUAAUAGUUAUACCGAGAAAGAUAGAGACGAUAUGAGUGACGAAUGCAAAAGGUAACGAACGCGCAAUGGGAUAGUUUAUUAAAAAAAAAAAAGAAAAAAAAAAGAAAAAAGAAAAAAAUGAUCAAGAAAAAAUGUAUUUAUUUAUAUAAGCGAAUACAUUUAGUAGGAAAUUUCAAAAGAAACUGUGGAAAACAAAAGAAAGUUUAUAGUUCUCGCGAAAUGUGCAUACAUAUCAAAAAAAGUGCCUAAAGAUGCCUUUCCGGACGAUCUAUCCUUUUCUGAUGUUACGUAUUCUUGUGAAAAACACGAUACAUUGAAAAAGCGAUCAGCUGGAUCGUAAUUGCAUGAAAUAAUAUAGCAAUAUUUACGGAGAUAUAUAGAGGGAGAAGAAAAAUUUUAUCACCAUAGAUUUUGUGCUGUUUUAUCGUUGGAUAUUUUAAUAAUAAGAUGCUGUGGAUCGAAGCGAAGAAAAAGUUCGAAACAGCUGUCUCGCGUAUCUAAUUAUUCGACUAUGCGAAAGAUUAAAAGUCACUAGGCUUUGACACACAGGACAAUGGCGUCAAGAAUUCUAUGAGACUGAAACGUAAAGAGUACGACAACACGAGUUACCUCGUAGCUUUUCUUGAAUACGUUUUUUUCACGAAUAAUGCAACAAAACCUGAAAUUUUAUAACCCUCAGAAUUGCCAAAAUCUUUUUUCUUCUUACACCCUGUUUGGCAGCUCUGUUGUACAUGUAAAUAGAUGUAUAAAGCAGUAAAAGUAUGAAAUUACUUUUAAUUCUUAUAAUGGCCGACCGUUAAAGUAAAUGAUCCCGAGGUUUUCUUUGUACAUGUAAUUUGGGAAUCCUUACUCUUGUGCAAUUUAUACAGGGAAAGAACGGAGAACGAAAGAAUGCUAGUAAACGGAAAAGAUUACGUCGAAUCAAAUUCAUUCAGUGAGCUUUCAAAAUGGAAAAUUACUUGGCAUUUCGUUGUAUACUUGUAACAUAGGCCAAUUUAAGAUUCUUAAUAUUAUUCAACAGCUCAUAUUGAGCUCAUACUACGUACUAAUAUGGUAUUUUAAUUGUAUUGUUGUAUCAAGCAAUACUUUGUCUUUGAAUUGAUUAAUCGUGGUCAUUGAUCAACUAAACAAAGGAAUUGUAUAAUGUACCACGUUUUGUAUUUUAAUGAAGCUAUUUGAUUUUUUGUUGAACGUAUUUUUUGCACCUGCAGUUUUAUGCGAUCGAUAAUUUAUAAUUCGAAGUAAAACGAACAAACAAAACAAAACAAAACAAAAAAAAAAUAUAUAAAUGUAUAUAAAAUAAAGAAAAAAAAAAAAAAAUACGUUACUUUUCAGUAGAUGGUAACGAAUAAAAUUGCAUCAACGUUCCUUUAUGGCUCGAUCUUUUAAUUCCUUUAUCGUAACUUUUUAGAAUGUAAAUAAUAUUAUUGCAUUGUUUGUUUAUCAUGAAUGUGAUGGCAUAAUGUUUGAAGGCGAUGCGAAUAGUUUAAGGAUCAAUAAUGUGCCUACGACUAUUAUAAACGAUGAAAUACUGAUGGAACUGCUUCCGUCACCUAGUCACUUGAUAACUAUUGUUCAAAACUUGUAUUGUAAAUUUUUUGCCGCAGCUUGGAUCUUUCCUCGUGAAUUUGUCUGAAUACAACAUUAUCAAAUAAAGAAGUAUUCAAAAGGAUAUAUUACGUGUAUACGUAAUUACAUCACUUAAAAUAUUUCAAUUGUUAUUUAAA